AUGUGGUCUGAGGACCGAUACGACUAUGAAAGAGUUCCCAGAGAGCGUCUGCCUCCCAGGAUUCAUCCUGAUGAUGAUUAUCAUAGAGUAGUGAAUGUUGUGCCCAAAAAACCACCGCUGCUCGAAAGGCCUGGGGACGGGAAUUACAGUCGGUACGAUGACUAUGGUCACUCUGACUACAGAGACUAUGACGAGGGCCGCAGUUUUGGCCAUGACCGACGAAGUGGCCCUCCACACCGAGGUGAUGAAUCGGGAUACAGAUGGCCAAGGGAUGAUCAUCCUAUAAGUCGGCAACCUGAGUACAGGGACAUCAGAGACGGCUUCAGAAGAAAAAGCUUCUACCCUUCUCAUUACAUGAGAGACCGAUCCCCUCAUAAGAGGAACUCUCCUUUCUUCAGGGAAUCGCCAGGGAGCCGAAGGGAUUCUCCGCACAGCAGAUCUGGCUCUAGUGUCAGCAGCAGGAGCUACUCUCCUGAAAGAAGCAAAGCCUAUCCUUUCCACCAGUCCCAUCAUAGCAGAAGUAUGUCAUCUUUACAUAAAAGAAAUAUUUCUUCUCAGCAAGGUAAAGAGAGGACGUCAGUUCAAUCACUGAAAACAUCAAGAGAUGCAUCACCCUCAGGCUCCACAGCAGUACCCUCAUCAAAGGCCUUGGAUAAGAGCAACAGACUGUCGGAAGAGGAACUUGCAGAAGCUGCAAGCAAGUGGGCAGCUGAAAAGGCAGAGAAGGCCAAUGAAAGCAAUCUACCUGAAAUAAGAGAGUAUGAUGCUGGAUCCUCAGCUCCAUUAUACGUCGAACAAACAGAGGAAAUAGAAACAAAUAUAACGGAUAAUACGGAAUUAUAUGAAGAUGGCCAGCUUCUUGGCCGCUCAAAAGCAAUUGCAACUAAGACAAAGGAGAUUGAACAGGUCUACAGACAAGACUGUGAAACCUUUGGCAUGGUGGUGAAGAUGCUCAUUGACAAAGAUCCGUCGUUAGAGAAGUCCAUUCAGUUUGCCCUGAGGCAAAAUUUGCAUGAAAUAGGUGAGCGGUGCAUUGAAGAACUGAAACAUUUCAUUGCUCAGUACGAUGCUGCCCAUCAAGAUCUAUCAGAACCCUUCAAAGAGGGCUCAUACUAA